AUGGCGUUCAUCAGUAUUUUAAGAAUUUAUAAAUCACGCGUAGAGGGUGUUAUGAAAAGACACACUGAAACCAGAACGAUGACUAAAGAAAAUAGAAGCGGGGAUCAUAAGGCUUUUCAAUUUGCGUCACGAAAGGAGGCUAUUCAAAAUUUUAUUAAAAAAUUUAAGCCACUAGAAACACAUCAUUGUAGAGGUAAAAUUGAAAUACGUAUGUAUUUGUCUCCAGAUCUAAAUGUAAAGAAAAUGCGGCAAAUGUAUAAUGAUGAAGACUUGCCCGGUUACGACGUCACAAUUGAAUACUUUAGAAAAGUAUUUAAUACAAGUUUUAAUAUCGGAUUUGGAUCUCCUAGACAGGAUGUCUGUUCGGAUUGUCUUCAAUUACUUGAGGGCAUUAAAUUAUCCUGUAACGGUCAAGAAACACAAGGACUACGAGCUCAGUACACACAACUUAGUACAAACUUAGAGUGA